CUUCUUUUGCCUAACGAGAGAGAAUAAAGAAAAAAAUGUCUAGCAAUGGGAAAUUAAUAGAAGAAAAUAAAGUGCCCUUAUUAGAUUAUGUUUCAACAAAUAAUAAUAAUUAUUUAGAACAAAAUGAUCAAAGUUUUGGUUUAAGAUUUUGGAUAGAAACAAAGAAGCUAUGGCCUAUAGUUGGGCCAGCCAUCUUUAGUAGAAUAGUCUCUUAUUCAAUGUUUGUUAUUACUCAAGCUUUUGCUGGCCAUCUUGGUGAUCUUGAACUUGCAGCUAUGUCCAUUGCUAGUAAUGUUGUUCUUGGUUUCGAUUUCGGACUCAUGCUAGGUAUGGCAAGUGCAUUGGAAACACUAUGUGGACAAGCAUUUGGUGCUAAAAAAUACUACAUGUUAGGUGUAUAUUUGCAACGUUCAUGGAUAGUACUCUUGUUAUGUAGCAUCAUAAUGUUACCAAUAUUUUUCUUUGCAACACCAGUCUUGAUAUUUUUAGGGCAACCAAAAGAUGUCUCACAACUCUCUGGAGUUGUAGUUUUAGCCUUUAUACCAUUACACUUUUGCUUUGCAUUUCAAUUCCCAUUGCAAAGGUUCUUGCAAAGUCAAUUGAAAAACAAUGUGAUUGCUUGGGCUAAUUUUGUGGCUUUUAUAGUCCAUGUGUUGAUAAGUUGGCUUAUUGUGUACAAGUUUCAAUUGGGAAUUAUUGGGACAACAUUUACUUUGAAUUUAUCUUGGUGGUUGGUGUUUUUGGUGUUAUUUUGUUAUACAACUUGUGGUGGAUGUCCACUUUCUUGGAAUGGAUUUAGUAUGGAGGCUUUUUCUGGACUUUGGGACUUCUUCAAACUUUCUGCUUCUUCUGGGGUCAUGCUAUGCUUGGAGAACUGGUACUACAAGGUGCUAAUUGUGAUGACUGGUAAUUUGGAGAAUGCUAAAAUUGCUUUGGAUGCAUUAUCCAUCUGCAUGAGUAUAAAUGGCUGGGAAUUGAUGAUUCCUUUUGGAUUCUUUGCUGGAACUGGAGUAAGGGUAGCAAAUGAGUUGGGAGCUGGAAAUGGAAGAGGGGCAAAAUUUGCAACAGCAGUAGCAGUGAUACAAUCAACAGUGAUUGGAUUAUUCUUUUGGAUUUUGAUCUUAUUUUUCCACAAUGAAUUUGCCCUAAUUUUCUCAACUAGCAAACCUGUUCUUGAAGCUGUUCAUAAACUAGCUAUUCUAUUAGCUUUCACUGUUCUACUCAACAGUGUUCAACCCAUCCUCUCAGGGGUUGCUGUUGGAUCUGGAUGGCAAGCAUAUGUUGCAUAUAUAAAUUUGGGCUGCUAUUACUUACUUGGAGUCCCUUUGGGCUUUAUUAUGGGCUGGGGUUUCCACUAUGGUGUCAUGGGAAUAUGGGCUGGAAUGAUCUUCGGUGGAACUGCAGUUCAGACUUUGAUAUUGGCUAUAAUCACAAUUAGAUGUGAUUGGACUAAAGAGGCAGAGAAGGCUUCAAUGCAUGUAAGGAAAUGGGACGAUGUUGGUCACUUGACUUCAUAGAAUUAGCGAAGAAUUUUGCUAAACUAUUAUGAUGACGAAAAAAACAAGAAGAAUAUUGGAUAUUUUAUAUCGAAAUUUUGUGCAUUAAUUUAAUUUCCAGUCUAAUUAAGCUAGUUGUAAUUUUUCUUUUCUACACAAAGUGUACUAAUAUAUGUAUAAAUUUUAAAUGAAGUUGAUUGAUGGUAUGUAUUUUUUGUAUGUAGAAAUGUAAACAUAGAAAUUGAUUGA